AUGUCGGAGCAAACAGAGGUAUUAGAAGGUAUCAUGGACAACGGUGAUCCAGUGGAGCAAGGCAAAAUUGCGGACGAUCUUGAUAACACGGAAGCAGUUACUGGAAACAUGGAAGGCGAACAGAAGGGAGGCCAGAGCGAUGACAAGGCUGAGGAGAACAAGGAACAGAAAACGGAACAAAGCGACGGAGAAACUACAGGAGAAGCAGAAGCUGUUAAAGCAGACGAAAGCGUAACAGAUAAUGGAGAUGGUUCUGUUGUUGAAGAGAGUAAGGAAGACGAUACUGCUCAGGACCAAGAAACAAACGAAGAAGACCAGCAUGGACCGUCUGACAACCAGAAUGAAAAGACAGACGAGGAACAGGAAAGUGAAGUGACUGAGGCCCAGGAAAAGGUUGAAACAGAGAAAGAAAGCGACGAACAAAAGGAAAACAGCGAAGAGACAGAAACUAGUGAGGUAGAGGCACAACGCACAGAAGCCGAAAAUACAGGAGGUUCCAAUGAAGAACAGGAGGGCGGGGAAAGUGCAAAGGAGAAGAAAGGUGAAACAGAAGAAGAAAUAGAAGAAAAGAACGAAGACAAACAACAGACGGUACCAAAGGAUGACAUGACUGAGAGCACCGAAGUCGGAAAUGCAAAAAGUACAAAUGAAGAACAGAAAAAUGUCGUGACCGAGGAAAAUGUUGAUAAGGACAGCGAAGAAAAGAGCGAAAAUCCAGUAACAAGUGGCGACACAAUGGAAAACACUGACAGUAAAACAGAUACAGUAGAUGAAGAACAUGGAGAUACAGGGACUGAGGAUAAGGAACAAAUUAAAGACGAGAAAGAGAGCAUGGAGGACGAAAACAGAGAGGACGAGGCAAAUGCAGAUGGUACAAGAGGAGGAGAAGAGCAAAGCCUAGUCACUGUGGCAGUAGAGGAGAACAAGGUUGAAACAGAAAACAAGGACGAAACUGUUCAAGACGUGAAUGAAGGAAACGGAAGCGAAGUGCAGGGUACAGUGACUGAAGAUGAAGAAAAGGAGGAACAAAUGCAAGAAACCGAGGAAAAGAAAGAGGACAGUGAUGACACCGCAACAAAUGCUGAAACAGCAGAAAGCCCUGAAGAUGAAGCGAUAGACGGUACAGAUGAGGGAGAAGAGAGUGGCGCUCCUAAAGACGAGGGGAAGGAUGAACAUGAAAAAGAAAGCGAAGAAAAGAACGAAACCAGUGAACCAAGGAGUGUCGACAUGGUGGAAGAAAACAACACAGAACAGAUAGAUGGUGGAAAGACUAAAAACAAGGCAGAGAAAGAAGGUGAGGAAACAACUGAUGAUACUCGGGAGGCCACGGAACCUACUGAGGAGGCAGCGGAAGGCGUUGAAAUGAGUACGGUAGAUGGCACAGAAGAGCAAGCGAAUGGAGACACUGAAGAUGAGGUUGAAACAGCAAAAGAAAGCGAGGAAAAGACAGACGACAACCAAGACACGAUAACGAAUGGAGAAGAGAUAGAAACCUCCGAGAUACAACCUGACACAAAUGGCGAUGUAACGGCCAACCAAGAUGCAGAUGUCGAAGAAAAUAGCAUUGACGAAGGAAAUACUAAAAUAACUGAGGAAGAGGACCAAACUCGAUCGGCGGACGAAAAUGACAAACCAAAUGACGAGAAGUCUGGUGAAGAACAGGAUAGCCUUGUCGUUGAAGACCCGGAUAAUACGGCAAAAAUUCUUGAUGAUUCUGCCAAGCAGAAAAAUGAAGAGACAGCGGAUGAUGUAAAGAAAGAAGCACCGACUGAACAGAGCCCAUCAGUUAAACUCGAGGAAGAGCAGACGCAAGAGACACAGGAGAAGCAAGAUGUAGAUGUGCAAGAAACUGCAAAACAGAAAGAGGACAGGAAAGAGAAGGAUUCCAAUGCAAAACAACAAACAGAAGAUGAGAGGAUAAAUGAAACACAGAAACAGGAAAACAAACAAGCUGCUGACAAUCUAGAUGAAUCAACCGAAGAAGAGGCGAGAGGAGAUACAACAGAAGACAAAGUUCAAAACAAAGCAUUGGAUAAAACAGAAAAUAACAAAGUCCUACGUAAAAACGCCACUGAUAAAGACGACUCUGUAUUUAAAUGGGACAAAUUUAAAAAAGAGAAAGAACCCGUGGCACGCCUGGAUGUCAUGUUGGACGGUUUAGCAACUUUAUCAGCACGCCGUGCCAUCAUAGAAAGCACAUAUGAUGCGAAUGGCGGUGACUUGAAAGAUACAGAGAAGACAGAAGAUGACGUUGAUACCAACAAGCCCGCCUCCACAGGACAGACCACUGCAUCGUACAGCAUACGUGAUUUAAAGAAAGCUUUGGACAUGAAAACAAAGCAAAGAGAUCAAGUCAAGCUUGCCAAAGCGAAGUUAAUCAUGGAGCUAAACAAGCUAAGAGCUCUCUCAAAUGACAAAGAUAAAGUCAUCAAAGAGAAGGAAAGGAUGUGGGAGUCAAAACAGACCCGAAUCCGUAGCGCCGAAACAUCCAUUUUUGAGAACAUUGAGUCGGAAACGGAUUUUGAUUUUUCUCUCAAGUCUGUUGACCCGCUCUUUCCGAAAAUGGGCCAAGUCCAGACCUUGAAGUUGGAGCUAGAAGACAUGGCGUUAGAACAGGAUUUUCUUCGUCAGCAAGCGGCUUCCCUCGAUUCGAACAAUCAGUCUAAACAACAAGAACUUGAGUCCCUCCAAGCUGCCGUAGAGGCACUGGAAGCUGAAGACAAAAGUAAGGAGCAGAAAGCCACGGAGAUGGAGACGUUGAUUAGUGAGCACCAGUGGAAUACUCGUGAACUUAAAGAGCAAGGGAAGACUGAAUUUCAACAGAGGGAAGACAGUAGCAGGCUGUCAGAUAGCUCAGACGGCACCUCUAUGUCUCUUGUCAAAGAUGAAGAAGGCAAGCGGAUGAAAGAUGACGGCGAAAAGCAAGGUAAACAAAAAGAUAAGGAAGAGAAGAAAGAGGAUGAAACGGUAGAUAUGGAGGAAAUCAACUUAGAACCAAGAGUGUUCUCAGCCGGGAAAAAGAGACAACUGCCGCCGUUAAAGAACAAACCCAAAGUUCGUCAUCUUGGGAAGUUGCCGGAUCCAGGAUGGCAGCCAUAA